AUGCACAUGAAGCAUCCGAAUGUUCUUCAGUAUAAAGAAAGUGAGUCUUGCACAUCUUAUAUUUCUUGACUAGAUCCUUGAAUUUAUUUCAAAUGCCCGCGGAAACUGUUGAUCGGUUCGGAACGAUGUUGAUGUUAUGGUAUUUCAUUAAAAUUUAUUGUACAAAUGUCAGAGGCAUGGAGGAGGGAGAGAAAAUGAGAAAUUUUCUGAACUUCUCGUUAUUCUUUUCUUUUUUCUUCAGCCUAUUGCAUCACAGAGACACCGAAACCAACUCUGCCCUACAUAUGCAGCGAACUGAGAAGCGACGCCAUAUUAAUUUCCCUAUUCCGCACGGGGGCAGCACCGAUGCCCUGUCCGUUCAAGGGACCCCUAGAAUUCACGUACAGUCACGGCGAGGGAGAAUGUAAAUCGCCGUUAUCAGCGGCAGAAACCUGCACGCAGGAGUCGCGGUUACUUCUACGCUAUCAGGCGUGUGCCAAUGUGCUGUCUUCUGAAAGCGUUGUUGCUCGUUCGAAAAUUGAUAAUCAAUUAAAGUGUGAAAUUAGAGACGGUGUGUUCUCUGCUUUGUUGGCAGACGUGGAGCUAGAGUGCCUGGCCACGUGGAAAGAGAGCAGCACGCACAAUCUCGUGGCAAGGUUGCACGCUCCGCGAAAAACCAGCGACGAGGACAGCUACAGAUGCUUCAUCUACGAACAAACGUCGAACAAUUCGUGGAAUUUGGCGCAGAGUGAGGAUGCCUCCUGCACGGGCUUGAUCAGCGUCAAAGAGGCUGCCAAGACGUUCAAGAUGAAGCAGAGUGAGUACACCAAAAGUCCCUAUGCCUGGCUUUACUAUAAAGUAAUCUCUAGCACAGAAAUUCUUCGGUUUUUCAAGCAGAAGUUGAAACAAUUUCAAUGAAGUAUUCCUGGAAAUCGUUAUUAUAUUUUCAUAUUUGUAAAAUAGCUCGUUCUUCGUCGCCAAAUUGGAACUGGGCUCGUGAAAUGUCCCUAG